AUGCCCUCCGUUGCCCGCCCGGACGUUCAUUCAAGCUCGGCGCGCGAGGGCGCUGUCGACCACGAGUAUGAGGAAAGCCCAGGGGCCAAUGGUGAUGAGACCGAGGAGGAACUGCGGAAUCCGGGGCAGAUCAGCGACUGCGUCAUCGGGAAGGGGGCUAAGAACCAAGAUCGGAGAAAAGAAGGGAAACUCACGAAGAUGCGAGCUGCCCAGCUCUCAAGAUGGGUAAGCUCUGACGGAAGGAUGGAGUACCACGCCAUUGUGGUGUGGAUUUGGAGAACUGAUGAACCUCGGGAGGUUACGGUUGCUGGUGGGUUGGAGCUGUGUCAGUGCUUUGGCGCGCUGCGACUCCGUCCACCCUUGCUUGACAGCUCCCCUUUCACAGCUGCUUCAUUUUCUGAGCCCAGUUCGGCAUUUCAGAUUCUCGGAUCCCGCCAAUCGGGAGCACUCUUCCGAGCAAAACUCCAGGCCCUAGAAAAACUAAUCCACCAAGCCAUUGGCCCUAUCCAUCCCGACGGAGUAGAAUUUGUAUAUCCAACAGCUCCCUUCAAGCUAGAGCCGUCCUCCAAUAGCCCGUCCGAACUGCGCAAUCGACACGGAGCAUGGAACUGGUUCGAAACCGAAUCCAUCGACGGUCCUUACCCGGGGCUAGAAGGCGGCCUGGAGUCUAUUGCUUCUAUUCUCAAGGAUUCCGGACCGUUCGAUGGAAUCGUCGGCUUUAGCCAGGGUGCUGCUGCCGCUGCUAUGGCCGCCUCACUCCUGGAAGAGAAUCGAAAAGAUGCAUUUUGCCGAUUGGAAGAGGAGGAUGGGAUCCCGUAUCCCGCUUGCUUCGCGACCCUUGAACACCCGCCGCUCAAGUUCGUGGUUAGCAUCUCGGGUUAUGUUGCCUCUCAUUUGGCUUAUCGUGCUUUCUACGAUCCUGCUAUUCGGACGCCAGUGCUGCAUUUUCUCGGGAGUAUGGAUACCGUCGUUGAUGAGAGUGCGUCGAUUGGGUUGGUACAAUGCUGUCAGGAGUUGGGGGAGGUAAAGGAACAGAUGGUUAUCAGGCACUCGGGUGGACAUGUGUUUCCGAGUGGAAAGAGAGAACUCGCUGCCGUUGCACUUUUCGUCAAGUCCAGCGUGAGCUGA